ACCCUCGGCGAGACUCGGCCUUUAACGUGCGUCGGCGCCAGCUCGUCUCUCCAUAUUGCGUAUAAAUACAUCAAACUACUGUGAACUAAGGUAUCAGUUGCGCAGUAACUUCUCAUCAAUUCACAUUAAGCCCAAUUUCAGAAAGAAAAAUGUUCAAAAUCAUCGCCUUGGUAGCCUGCUUGGCCAUCGUUGUCUCCGCCCAGUACUACGGAGAAGAUCACGGCCACCACAAGGAGGAACCCCAUGCCCAUCCCAAGUACAAGUUCGAAUAUGGUGUCAAGGACGCCCAUACCGGAGAUCACAAAUCCCACUGGGAAGUGCGCGAUGGAGAUGUUGUGAAGGGCCAGUACACCCUGCAGGAAGCCGACGGAAGCGAACGCAUCGUGGACUACAAGGCCGAUGACCACAACGGAUUCGAAGCCGUCGUGAAGAACGUCCCCCAUGGCCACCAUUAAGGGAGGAAAGUGUGACAGAUUCGUGGGAAAUGCGGGAACAGAAAGAAUGCGCGCUCGAGAGUACCAAAACCAAUAUGAUUGGAACAUUUGCUUCUGUAACGAAUGUGAUAUUGUAAUUGUUGAUUAAUGUAUGAAUGAAUGUUAUUGACAAAAUUCAA